AUGACGUCGCCGAUCCUGGCGCUGUUCGGUCUUGUCCUGGCGACCGCCAGCGCCGAGCUCAGCUCAAGGAUCGUCAAGACGAAGUACGGGGAACUGUCGGGCGUUAUCGUGACCCUCGAACGGCAUUUCGAUCGGCAGUUCGAUCGUCAGCCCGAUCGACAGCUCGAUCGUCAGCUCGAAGGCGUCGAGGUGUUCCGUGGUGUUCCGUACGCGUCGCCGCCGAUCGGCUCCCUGCGAUUCAUGCCGCCUGUCAGCGGGGCCCUAUGGCACGGCGUCAAAGUCGCGGACAAAUUCGGACCUGUGUGCCCGCAAAGGCUACCGGAGUUAAGCGACAAGAUGCCGAAAGGCCGGGUCCAGUAUCUGAGACGGUUGCUGCCCUAUCUGCGGAACCAAAGCGAGGACUGUCUCUACCUGAACAUCUACGCGCCAGUUCAAGGUAGGACAUCGACAUUUUUCUUUGGUAUCUGUGCAUUUAUCGAUGAUAUAUUCUUCCGAUGA